CUACGUAUAGAUAGAUACCAGUUCAUAUCACGCCGUUCUGUGCAUGACUGUGUGAGUGUGUGUUCGACGCUGUGUGUCUUAUGCAUGGAAAAUACCACCACAACUCUAUUCUGUGUGCAUAGCUUUUUGUGUGUGCUUCGCUUUAUCUUCCAUCUAUCUCCUGCAAGAGGCGUGGUAUAUUAAAUAACCGGCGUUUAUUCUGAACAUCAACGCAUUUCGUUUGCAUCUGGUAGCAGUCCGAUCGCUUCAAUGAAGAUGACGUCACAAUUGGUCACGCUAGUGCUAGCAGUAUUCGUCUGCUCAGCAGCAGUCGUAUACUCACAAAGUCCAUCUUCACCUCCUUCAGCUUCACCUCCCACCGUCCUUGCCACGGAGCCCAUAACAACCCCCCGCCCAGCGGUAGCAACAACCCCUCCCCCUGUCGAUAAUGGCACACCAGCCCCAUCCGCUAAUGGCACUGACGCACCGACCCCAGUCGUGACUGACGCACCGAUGACUAGCGCUAAGGACGACGAUGACGAUGGUAUGAAAGGCGAUGGCGAUGGUCAAAAAGGACAUGAUGAGGAAAAGGAAGGCGGAGGUGGACUGAGGAGAGGUGAUAUAGCUCUAGCGAUCCUUGCAACUAUUCUUGUUGUGGCAGUAAUAUGCACCUUUAUAGGACUGUGUUACUGGAAGUACAAGGGAAAUUCAUACGUCACAGUCACAGCAGAUACAACCUACAGACAAUAAUUGUAAUCCUGCCUGCAAGCAUCUAUACAAUAACAUUAAUCAAACGGUAUCAUCUGUAGCAAUAAGAUCAAUAAUAAUUAUAGCAGACGGAUAGACGUUAGGUCUAUCUACUUUGUACAAAGUCGACGUCUUUCUGUUGUUCAUUCAAUACAAAGAACAAGAGAAGUUGCCUUGGUGACAUGGGAUAUUCUCAAAGCUUUGAGGUGGGCAAGUUCUAGAUGUUACCCCAAUAAAUAUAAAUAUCUCGUUUAGUUUACCCGAUGAUUUUAAUAGGUUGAUGGCCUUAUUCCUAGCGGGGGGCGUGGCCAAAGGGAGUGGCACCUUAUUCGACAUUCGUCGGUUCGCCAUUUUCUAAGGCUGUUGGGAAAUCUCAAAGAGAUGUUGAUGAUUCCUUUGCUUAAUUGCUCGUUGGUAAAUUUCAGCUACCUCUUCGAAACCCUUCCCAUUUAAAAUAGUCUGGCGAUGCCCCUAGUCAAUAUACACAAAAUAAUUAAUAAAAUACAGACUUCGGUAUGUACUUUUGAAUUUCAUAAUUCCUUCAUAUAGCCUGAGAAACACCUUUGAUUUUCCCAGUUUUCGUAAAGAUCGUGGAACAUCCUUCUUUUGUUAGCGUUUGUUCCCGAAUGAGUGCUUUUUCAGCUUCAGAUAUCAAAUUUUAAUGUAACUAAGCUGAUAGUAUGUAAUACAUAUACAGUGUGUUCGAAAGGGCAUUAUGUAUAAUGUUGUCUGCUAGUUAGGUAAUAAUUUAUGGAACGCUCAAAACAUUGUUUGGAACUUAAGGCUGCGAGUCAUUAGUGAUACAUCUUAGUGUUAUAAACAUUACAUUGCCAAUACGAUUUUAGAGUGGUUGUUUGUUGUUACUGUACAUACAAUUUUUAGUACUAAACUUACGUUUUUAUUGUAUGGCAGAUGUCACGAUAUGACUGUAAAAAAAAUCCUUGUGAUGUAUUCCAAAGAGGCUCACUAUACUUUUAGAAAUUACAUAUUCUCAAAGGAUUAUCUUUCCAUUGAUACACGGUCACAUUAUAAGGGUGGUAGAUUUUUAUAGCCAGUUGUGUCAAUUUGCACGUUCUGUACAAGAACAAAAUACAAGAAGCAAAUUAUACAUUACUCGUGUCUAUGUUGGAAUCAUUGUAUUGCUAUGAUGUAUAUAAUAUGGUGCUUUGAUUUCAGGCAUAUAUUGCACAUUUCUCGUGUAAUCAUUGCUAAACACCAUACGCCAUGUCCCAGAAAUUGAUUUGUUUGUGCCUAUAGAAUCAAUGCCUUCUUGCUUUACAUUCUCGGCAUCACCGACAUGGAUCUGGUACCAAAAUAUAUUAUUGAAUGCAAAGUACGAUUUAAGACCAAUGAGAUUGCAGGGAUAAAACAUCAUACGUGAACGCAUGAUUCUGAUUGGUUGAUGUUAUGUAUACGUUACGACUAGACUAUGAAGCGUGAAGUACAUUCAGCCAAUUCGGUGAUAUCAGGUCAGAGAAGUGCCAUUCACUUUCACUGGUACAAUGAAAGGGUGUGGCCAAUUGCCACAUUUUGCAGCGACGUCAGAAUUUUGUAAAUAGUUUCUGUACGGGAGAGAGAGAAAAUGUGUUACGACAUAAUCAUUAAAAGCUUUGUAUAAACGCAGGCCAGUGAACUUCUUUCUCUCUCCCGAACUGAGAGCACAUUCAAAUUUUCUGUUGCUUGUAUCAUUAUGAAUGUUAGAAUGAAAGUAUGCUUACAUGUAGUUUUUAUAUAAAGCUAGUUGCUUAAUAAAAUAUGUUUUUGAUAUAUUCACAUUGGGUAUUGUGGAAAUGUAGAAUUGGUAGAUUAUUGCUAGUUUGAGACGUAUAGCACAGAGGAAAAACGGGGGCAUUUGCCCCAUCUUGAACGAAAAAAAGUAACACCCAGUUUAUAUGAGAAAACGUUUCCUAUCCUCGACGCUACGCCACUGUUGGUCGUCAUCAAUUUCCUGAAAACGGAUCAUUCUUUUCAAAUAUAUAGCUUCAAUUAAACUUUCAAUUUAGAAACGUCAUCUUCACCUUUUUGUCAGGUAAAAUCACGAACAAAAAUAUUAAGUAUGUGUAAUAUUUAAAGGCUAUAUAUGCAUUGGAGUCAGAGUUUGAAUAUGUUUAUGAGUUUGAAUUUAAAAUAUAAACAUUUAUGCUCUCAGGUCUUCUAGCUAAUAUCUUUUACUUACUUUUUCCUGAUGAAAUAAAAGUUUUAAUACUCCUGUACUUAUUCAUUAUAUUAUGAGAAUCAUGACUGAUGGAUAAACGAUGUAAAUAAUAGUUUUAAUAGCUUAUUAUAUGCUAAUUGAUGUUUAUGCAUUUUAGACUUCUUAAUUCACAAUUAUAUGUGUAUAUUCUGACUGUUCACACUUUGGUUAAGUAAAUUAGUCUUUGAAUAUAAUGAUUCAUGUAUAAUUAAAUAAUUUUGUCGCCUUUUGAAAUCGCGUGCAGUUCAUAUGUAACACUUCACAGAGAUGUUUAUGUUGGACGAAUCUCCGUGAUAUACUUUCCAUUGUACAUUGUUACGUCAUAACUACAUCCUAUUUGGAGAGGAAAUAUACAACUGGCAUAAAUCUUUGUUAAGUGUCUCGUUAUACAAUUGUCAUACACCUGUUACGAAUAAUUGUAUUUCAAUAGUCAUAAUGCGAAUUGCAUACAUUAGUUGUUGCUAGGUAGGACAAACAAAAUGGCUUGCCCUACCUAACAACAUGGACUAUAUGCAAUUUGCAUACCGACUAUUGAAAUAGAAUUAUUUGUACCGGGUGAAUGAAAUUAUUCGUAUCAAAGCACCUCAUAAAGACGUUUGUAUCAAAUUUGGUUACAGUACGAAAAUGGCCUAUUGAAAUUGAAUACAGCGGCCAAGUGCGAUCGAUGUUUUCAAUUUUCACUGGAUGAAAGGCGAGAGAGUUUCGUUUGUUUUCAAUUAGUGUUCGAUCAGCCGUAACUUGUGCUGUCAAUGGCUCAACAAAAUCUUACAUUAAACCAGCAAUAGCUUUGGAUAAUGUAUUUAUGUAAAUGUUUUUGCAAUUGACAAACGAAUAUUCGAAUUUCUCAAAAAUACGCCUUGAUGGAAUGAUUUGGGUUCGUCAUGGCAAAGUGAAAAAACAAAACAUUAUCGAGAUCAAAGAACGUAAACGUGUGUGACUGAUCAGUUUUAGGUUGUAGGAGAAAAUUGUAGAGGUAUUAAUGAAUUAGAAUGUCGCAUUUGGUUUUUAAAUUUCAAAUAAAAUGUUUACAUUUUGCCUACCUGGUCCAUUGAAA